CUUCCCUUUUGUCCUCCCCUUCCCGCUCCUGACUGCUUCCUCUCCUCUCUUCUCUCUACCAAGAUUUGUCUUGACCACUACAGUCCUUACGGUCGUUCAUUGCAAGAGAUUUACUUUCAUUUUCAAACUUCAGUCAUUCUUUACGAGAGAUAUCAUUGCGGAAUCGACUUUCGCUCAUUAUACCCAACUGUCCAAAUCUGCUCACUCGCUUCACGAACCAGUCUUUACGACCCCUACACGAACGGAAAUAUCAUUGUUAGAGAAGCAUUGACUGCUGAGGAAACUUAAGGAAGAACCUGCUCGUCCCAAUACAUAUCAAAAUGCAGUUCACUGUUGCAUCUGUGGCCCUCUUCGCGGCUUUGGCCUCCGCCCAUCAGCAUGUCCCUCAACAUUUCCACCACCGCCGCCAAUACAACACCACGGCUCCUCAAACUACUUUGACCGUUUUCGCUACCUCUGUCCACACGAUUACCUCUUGCGCUGCCUCCAUUACUGAUUGCCCAGCUCGCGCAUCGGAGUCUACCAGCGAGAUGGUUGUCACUGACACUAUUGAGGUCUUCACUACUGUCUGCCCUGUUGCCGAGGCCGAAUCAGCCAGCUCCUCCAUCCUCUCCUCAUACUCAUCAGCCGUUGCUGCUUCAAGCACAGCUGCUGGUGUUGCAUCAACAACCUCUUCGUCUGCUCCUUUUGGAACUGGUGCCGUUGGUGCACAAAGCUCUGCCCUCGGAGUUGCUUCAUCAACUGCCGCUGCUGUUACCUCUCCAUCCGUUCCCAUAGGAACUGGUGCUUCGGGAUCUCAAGCUACUGGUUCAAACAGCGGAUCCGAGAGCGUGGUCUUGACCUACACUCUUGGCUCAGGAACCAGCACAACAGUCGUUACCACCACCAUUAAGCACACCCAGACCGCUACUGUCUACGCCACUCUUCCUGCAUCUGGUGCUGCUGGUGCUUCCGUUAGCGCAGUUGAGGGUGAGGCUGGUACUUCAACCGAUGUCACCACUACCCUCACUGGUACAUCUACCUCUACCCGCUACGUGACUGUUGUCCCAGCUUCAGCCUCAGGAGCCGCUGGUGCUUCAGGAACAGCUGCUCUUGGAGCUGCUUCCGGAGCCGCCGGUGCCUCAGGCUGUGUCCCCGUCACCGUCACAGUCGCUAUGUCCACUGUCACAGUCACCGAGACCGCAGCGGCCGCAGCAGGUACCGGAUCCGGCUCAUCAGGAGCCAUCAGCUCCGCCGAAGGAAACAACCUCGCCGCCUCCUCCUCUGCCAGCGAAGUCACCAUUCUCUCCACCGCGACCGUCCUCCCCGUCCUCUCGACCUCCGCUCCCUACGGAAACGGCACCGCGGCCACCAGCACCAAGAAGAAGUGCUCCAGCGUCUUGCCCUCCUCGGGUUUCAUUUCCAAGGCCAAGGCUACGGGCACUGCGCCCAUUGCUAGCGCGACCGGGUACGCUGACAAGAGAUGGUAUCUGUAAAUCUUAGGCGGAGUCGGGUGGUCAGAGCUCACAUAACUUUUAUUUCUUAUUCUUUAGACUUAUUUUCUUGUGGAAUUACUUUACCCUUUUGAGGGGAUGGA